UCCGCUGUCCAUGCGUCAUUUCCGGCGCGCCAGCCCGGGAGUCUUCCGGGUCCCGUCCGCCGUUGUGGCGGUCUUCUCGUGCAGUGGGUGAAAUUCUUCUCGGUUACCCUGGACCCUGUGUAGAGUGACUGGCUAUGUCAUUGUCCCACUUGUACCGGGACGGGGAAGGCUGCAUGGAUGAUGACGAUGAUGAGCGAGAGAACUUUGAGAUCACUGACUGGGAUCUCCAAAAUGAAUUCAACCCCAACCGGCAGCGCCAUUGGCAAACCAAAGAAGAAGCCACUUAUGGAGUGUGGGCAGAGCGAGACUCAGAUGAGGAGAGGCCCAGCUUUGGAGGCAAACGGGCCCGGGACUACUCUGCUCCUGUCAGCUUCAUUAGUGCGGGGCUCAAGAAAGGGGCAGCCGAGGAGGCAGAGUUGGAAGACUCUGAUGACGAAGACAGACCUGUUAUGCAGGAUGACUUCCCCAAGGAUGUUGGACCGAAGAAGUUAAAGACGGGUGGCAAUUUUAAGCCCAGCCAGAAAGGUUUUGCAGGAGGAACCAAGUCUUUCAUGGACUUUGGCAGCUGGGAAAGACACACAAAAGGGAUUGGACAGAAGCUUCUUCAGAAGAUGGGCUACGUGCCUGGGCGGGGCCUCGGGAAGAAUGCACAAGGAAUCAUUAACCCCAUUGAAGCCAAACAGAGAAAGGGAAAAGGAGCUGUGGGGGCCUAUGGCUCGGAGCGGACCACUCAGUCCCUGCAGGACUUCCCAGUGGUGGACUCAGAAGAGGAGGCUGAAGAGGAGUUUCAGAAGGAGCUGAGCCAAUGGAGGAAGGACCCUAGCGGAAGCAAGAAGAAGCCCAAGUAUUCUUACAAGACAGUGGAAGAGUUGAAGGCCAAGGGCAGAAUUAGCAAGAAGCUCACCACUCCCCAGAAGGAGCUUGCUCAGGUCAAGGUCAUAGACAUGACGGGCCGGGAGCAGAAGGUCUACUACAGCUACAGCCAGAUCAGCCACAAGCACAACAUGCCGGACGACGGGCUGCCUCUGCAGUCCCAGUUGCCGCCCCUGCCUGGCAAAGAGGCAAAGGCUCCGGGCUUUGCGCUGCCCGAGCUGGAGCACAACCUGCAGCUGCUCAUCGACCUCACUGAGCAGGAGAUCAUCCAGAAUGACCGGCAGCUGCAGUACGAGCGGGACAUGGUGGUCAACCUCUCACAUGAGCUGGAGAAGAUGUCUGAGGUCCUGGACCAUGAGGAGCAGGUCAUCUCCAACCUUAGCAAGGUGCUGGAGAUGGUGGAGGAGUGCGAGCGGCGUAUGCAGCCCAGCUGCAGCGACCCACUCACGCUGGAUGAGUGUGCCCGCGUCUUCGAAACCCUGCAGGAUAAGUACUAUGAGGAGUAUCGCAUGUCAGACCGCAUGGACCUCGCAGUGGCCAUUGUCUACCCACUCAUGAAGGACUACUUCAAGGAGUGGGACCCCCUUAAAGACUGUGCCUAUGGCACUGAGAUUGUCUCCAAGUGGAAGACCCUCCUGGAGAACGACCAGCUCUUAUCACACGGCGGCCAGGAUCUCUCGGCGGAUGCCUUUCACAGGCUGAUAUGGGAGGUCUGGAUGCCUUUUGUUCGAAAUAUUGUCACCCAGUGGCAGCCAAGAAACUGUGACCCCAUGGUAGACUUUCUGGACAGCUGGGUGCACAUCAUUCCUGUGUGGAUCUUAGAUAACAUCCUGGACCAGCUCAUCUUCCCCAAGCUGCAGAAGGAGGUGGACAGCUGGAACCCCCUGACAGACACGGUCCCCAUCCACUCCUGGAUUCACCCGUGGCUGCCCCUCAUGCGGGCACGGCUGGAGCCACUCUACUCCCCCAUCCGCAGCAAGCUGUCAAGUGCCCUGCAGAAGUGGCACCCCAGUGACUCCUCCGCCAAGCUCAUCCUCCAGCCCUGGAAAGACGUCUUCACCCCUGGCUCCUGGGAGGCCUUCAUGGUCAAGAACAUCGUGCCCAAGUUGGGGAUGUGUCUCGGGGAGUUAGUUAUUAACCCCCACCAGCAGCACAUGGACGCUUUUUACUGGGUGAUCGACUGGGAAGGGAUGAUCUCCGUCUCCAGCCUCGUGGGGCUCCUCGAGAAGCACUUCUUCCCCAAGUGGCUCCAGGUGCUAUGCUCCUGGCUCAGUAACAGCCCAAAUUACGAAGAGAUCACCAAGUGGUACCUGGGGUGGAAAUCCAUGUUCUCAGACCAGGUGCUGGCGCACCCAUCCGUCAAGGACAAAUUUAACGAAGCCCUUGAUAUCAUGAACAGGGCAGUGUCCUCCAACGUUGGUGCCUACAUGCAGCCCGGGGCACGGGAGAACAUUGCAUACCUCACCCACACGGAACGGAGGAAGGACUUCCAGUAUGAGGCCAUGCAGGAGCGAAGGGAGGCUGAGAACAUGGCCCAGAGGGGCAUUGGCGCAGCUGCCAGCUCUGUGCCCAUGAACUUUAAAGACCUCAUUGAGACCAAGGCCGAGGAGCAUAACAUUGUCUUCAUGCCUGUCAUCGGCAAGCGGCAUGAGGGGAAGCAGUUGUACACCUUUGGCCGCAUUGUGAUCUACAUCGACCGCGGGGUGGUGUUUGUGCAGGGUGAGAAGACCUGGGUGCCCACCUCCCUGCAGAGCCUCAUUGACAUGGCCAAAUAGACUGCACAGGUCCAGAGCAGGCCAUGGAGUUGUUCUUGACCAGGACUGUUGUGAAUAAAGGAUUUAAAGUCAUCUCUGGAAGCCUAACGUCUCCACUCGGGAGGUGCCCCAGCACUGGUGCUUGUACUGGUCAACUCUCCUGUUGCUGGAACAAAAUACCUGACACCAGCAGCUUAAAGGAGUAGAGGUUUAUUUAGCCCAGUCUCAGACCAGUGGUGGGCUGGCUGCAGGACAGGAACAUGGCAGAGGGGGCAGUGAAGAGAGCUGUUCACUGCACGGCAGCUGGAGAGCAGAGCACAGGGGAAGAGUGCCUGGCCCCAGCGCCCACCUCCAGCUGGGCCCCACAUCCUAACAGCACAUUCAGCUUGGACAGCAGAGGAUAACGCACUGAGGAGUAUAGUGCCCCAUGAUCCAGUCACCUCUCCUGGUGUCUCCAGAGUGGUACAGCACUAGCCCAGCAUCCACAAGCCCUUAGUUCAAUCCCCCGCAUCAUGGAGAUACUUAGACCAAGCCACCAGGGAAGGAUGUAAAAAUGCUAUUUUAGAAGUCUGUACAUCUUUAUACUAAAUUCUCACACAGCAUGUCAUCCUUAAAACAGGACAGCCAACUUGCUGUAUUUCCGGUUCUCCUUUCUGACAUUUGGCCCGCUACAAAGAAAGGGUUCCUCUGUGUCCCUCCCUGGGAGCCUGUCUUCCUGGCAGGUGGCAGAUUCCACACAUGCAGCACUGA